GAUACCUUCUUGGUCUUUUCUUAUGUAUUGUUCAUUUCCUUCGUCUUAAAAACCAGAAGGGAUUAUUUUUUUCUUCUAUAAAUAGAUCAGCAAUAGAGAGGUGGGAGGUGGAGAGCAACAAAGAAGUAGUGGGAAAGCAAUGGAGAGUAUGUUAAGUAGAAUUCUCAUAUUUGGUGGUACAGGUUAUAUUGGUAGAUAUAUGGUUAAGGCCAGCGUUAAGAUGGGUCAUCCAACGUACGUUUAUUCUAGGCCUAUGACUCCACAAACACAUCCCUCCAAGAUAGAACUUCUCAAAGAGUUCCAAUCCAUGGACGUCAACAUUGUCCAAGGAGAACUGGAUGAGCAUGAGAAGCUUGUGUGGGUGAUUCAACAAGUAGAUGUGGUCAUCUUAGCCCUUGCAUAUCCCCAAGUUCUUGACCAACUCAAAAUUAUAGAUGCCAUCAACGUUGCGGGCACAACAAAGAGGUUCCUUCCAUCUGAUUUUGGAGUUGAGGAGGAUAGGGUGACUGUUCUUCCCCCAUUCCAAGAAGUCCUUGAUAAGAAGAGGAUUAUCAGAAGAGCCAUUGAAGCUGCCGGGAUUUCUUACACAUUUGUGUCUGCUAACUGCUUUGGUGCAUACUUUGUGAAUUACUUGCUCCAUCCACAUGACCAUUCAAACGAUAGUAUUACCGUCUAUGGCAGUGGUGAAGCCAAGGCGGUGUUAAAUUAUGAAGAAGACAUUGCUCUUUAUACAAUCAAGGUGGCAAAUGAUCCCACAGCCUGCAAUCGGAUAGUCAUUUUUCGGCCCCCCAAAAACAUUAUUUCGCAGCUCGAAUUGAUCGCUCUUUGGGAGAAGAAGACCGGUAGAAGCUUCAAGAGAGUUCAUGUCUCAGAGGAAGAGGUUGUGAAGCUAUCUGAGACCCUGCCAAAUCCGCAAAACAUACCGGUGGCCAUCCUUCAUAGUAUAUUCGUAAAAGGCGCUCUAAUGAAUUUCGAAAUAGGGGAAGAUGAUAUCGAGGUUUCAAAACUAUAUCCUGAUAUUAACUAUCAUACCAUUGAUCAGCUCCUCGAUAUUUUUCUCACAAAUCCCCCCAGCCCUCGUAAUGCUGCCUUCGAAUGAGGUUGGUGUUUCCCAAGAACAAGUGUGGCAAGUUUCUUCUUCUUCUUCUUCUUUUUAUCAAAAAAAAAAAAAAAAGUGAGGAUAGGGUUACAGAUCUUUCUGUAAUCAAGCGGAGAAAAAUGACUGUUUUCACAAUGUAGUGAGAUCAAUCCGCUGAAACACUAUCUUUUAAUUUCAAGGAAUUGCAGUGAAGUAUAUGGUUUGCAAUGAUCAA